AUGGCACACCCUAACCUCCAGUCUGAGCAAUGCCCCUCCCAGGAAGAUGGAAGGGACGGCCAAGCUAGACCUGCAGGAGUCACUGCCCUGCAGAGAACCAAGGCCUGCUUUCUCAAGGGCGUGUCCUACUUCUCAGGGGACAUGGAGGCAUUUGGAAAAUGGAUGGAAAAACGGUUUUUCUUGCUGCAGCUGCUGGACUGGGUUCUGCGAGGAGCAUCCCAGGUGAUGUUCGUCAACAAUCCUCUGAGUGGACUCAUCAUCUUUGGGGGCCUCAUUUUGCAAAACUACUGGUGGGCCCUCAAUGGCUUUGUGGGCACGCUCUUUGCAACUAUUUCUGCUCUCAUCCUGCAACAAAACAGGGGUGCUAUAGCUGCAGGGUUGUAUGGAUACAACGGCAUCCUGGUGGGUCUGCUGAUGGCUGUGUUCUCCAACACCGGAAACUGGUACUGGUGGCUUCUGCUGCCAAAUGUCUUCAUGUCCAUGAUGUGCCCAAUUGUGUCCAGUGCCCUGGCAUCGAUAAACAGCCGCUGGGAUCUGCCAGUGUUCACGCUGCCCUUCAACAUCCUAGUAUGUCUGCACAUGGUCGCCACCGGCCACUAUAACCACCACUUCCCCCAGGUGCUCAUUCAGCCACGCUCCGAGUUCCCCAACAUCACCUGGUCUGAAAUCAAUGUGUCAAAGCUGUUCAUGUCAGUACCUGUAGGAAUAGGGCAGGUUUAUGGCUGUGACAACCCUUGGACAGGAGGAAUGUUCAUCAUCUCUCUUUUCAUCUCCUCCCCUGUCACCUGUGCUCAUGCUGUUCUGGGAUCUGCUGUGGGCAUGGUGUCAGGUUUGGCUUUAGCAGCUCCGUUUGAAGACAUUUAUUUUGGCCUGUGGGGCUACAACUGUGUGUUGGCCUGCAUCGCCAUAGGAGGAAUGUUUUACGCGCUCACCUGGCAGGUGCAUCUGCUCGCCAUCACAUGUGCUUUUUUCUGCGCCUAUCUCGGCUCAGCCAUUGCCAACAUCAUGUCCACAUUCGGUCUUCCGGCGUGCACAUGGCCUUUCUGCCUCUCUGCCCUCACCUUCCUCCUCCUAACUACAGGGACCAAACGAAUAUUCAAGCUGCCGCUGGCUAAAGUCACCUAUCCUGAGAAGAACUUGGCCUUCUACUGGAAGCUGAAGAAGCAGGAGAAAGAGGAAAAGGCUGAGAAGGAGAGGAAAGAGCAAGAGGAGCAGCAGAGAGUCAUCAAGGAGGAGGUGAUCCUAAACGAGAAAAAUCAACUGAGGCUGGAGUUGCAGAGGAUGGAGGAGGGGAAAGAAGACAAUAUCAAUAAAGAGACGCAAGCUGAAGACCGAGAGUCUGCAGCAGAUGUGCAGGACACUGAAGGAGAAAGAAACAGGAGAAAUGAAUUCACUGAAGUCAUUAUUGCUGAUUAUUUGUAA